AGGGAUGCAGAAAACUGUUCCUGGAUGUUUUUUCCAGCAAAUGUUUUCUUCCCUCCCUGGCUUCGUUUCUAUGAAGAGAGACCACAUGAAAGAUCUGAGAAGAUACCUGGUGCUUAAAUACAUCCAAUACCUCGUCCUCUCCUCUUCCAAUGCCCUCAGCACUCUGCUGGGGCUGCUGGGCAGCUCCUACACCCUCCUCACCCUGCAGUCUGACAAAGUUUCCUCCAAGUCCACCACGGUUCUCAUCUCCAGCCUGGCAAAGGCAGACAUCCUGGUUUUCAUCAGCCUCCUUUCCCAGCUCUUCCUCUGGACCUUUGAGGUGAGGGGCUCCUCUCCAGCAUCCUCCUCACCCCUGCUGCAGAACCUCCUCACAGCCAACACACACCUCAGCUGCCUGCUGCUCAGCUGCGUGGCCUUGGAGGCUUUCCUGAUCACCUUCUAUCCCAUCCAGUCCCGGCACCUCCGGACGGUCAGGAAUGCCAGGCUGGCAGCCAGGACCCUCUGGAUCCUGGUGGCUGCAGAGUGUGUCCUGUUCCAGGUGGAUGACCUCCUCCUGAAGGCCCCCCCCAGCAGCCCUUUCCUCCUGCUCUUCCACGUCUCCAUCUCCCUGCUCAGGUCCCUCAGUUACCUCCUGGGGAUUCUUUUGAGGAUUCUCAACGUCUACAUCUACUACAAGAUUUUUUUCAGCAUCUCUCACAGGUCUGCACUGAAAGCCAAGUAG